AAUCACGGCAGAGUGCGGGAUGAUGUGCGAUCGGCGCGUUUGUGUGGUGGAGUGCAUUGUGCAGAAUUUAACGAGGCGUUGUUAGAAGAGUAGAUGUGAGUCUCCGAAUAAUGAAACUGACCGUCGGUAUCACCACAGAUCCUCGGUCAUGUCGGUAUUAAUUUCAUCUUUCGGCAGCUGAGUGUGCAUUACUGGGAACUGUCGCACAAGUAGUAACAAACAUGGCCGUCAUCUUGUUUGUAUCGUGGUUACCGGUGUUGCUUGUCCUCACGACGGCCGCAAUUCAACAUGGAGGCCACGCACAAGUUGUGAGUUCGCGUGUCUCAGACCGCGAGAGUUUGAUUCCUCAUCAUGGACGCUGCGAACCGAUAACCAUACCACUCUGCAAAGAUAUACCUUAUAAUGAAACCAUUAUGCCAAAUUUGCUGAACCAUCAGAAACAAGAAGACGCGGGAUUGGAAGUGCAUCAGUUUUUCCCUCUCGUUAAAGUACAGUGUAGCCCCGAUUUGCAGUUUUUUCUGUGCACUAUGUAUGCUCCCGUUUGCACUAUAAUUGAAAGAGCCAUACCACCAUGCCGAUCGCUUUGUAUGAAGGCUCGUGAAGGUUGUGAACGACUCAUGAAUAAUUUUGGGUUUCAGUGGCCCAAAAGCCUGGAUUGCGAUAAAUUUCCGGAAGCGGGAGGCGAUAUGCUAUGUGUUGGUGAAAACAAUACUGAAAGGGCACAACAUCCUGCACCUGGAAGUGGUUAUCCACUCACUCCCGUUCGCAAUAAUAAUACUAUUACUAAAGGUCGUAAAUUUAUUUGCCCUGAAGAGUUUAAAGUGCCAAAAGGAUUGGGAUAUGUGUUCCGUGUUGGAGAAGCCGAAGAAAAAGAUUGCGGGGCUCCUUGCGAUGGUAUGUUUUUCACAGCACAAGAGAAGAAAUUUGCUCGAACUUGGAUUGGUGUAUGGGCUAUUCUGUGUAUGGGUUCAACUCUGUUUACCGUGCUAACAUUUCUGAUAGACAUGCAUCGAUUUAGAUAUCCAGAACGACCUAUCAUAUGUUUGUCAGCAUGUUAUUUCAUGGUUGCAAUUACUUAUGCAGCAGGCUUUGUUUGGGGUGAACAUGUCUCCUGCAAUGAACCAUUCUUACCACCCAAUAAUCGUACAAAUAUUGAAAUGGUACGGACAAUUACCCAAGGGAAUGAUAAAAAGUGGUGCACAAUUUCCUUCAUGUUUCUCUACUUUUUCAGUAUGUCAAGUUCAAUAUGGUGGGUAAUACUGACUCUUACUUGGUUCCUUAGUGCAGGUUUAAAGUGGGGCCAUGAGGCAAUCGAGAAUAAUUCUCAGUAUUUUCACUUAGCUGCAUGGACGGUACCUGCCAUCAAAACCAUAGCCAUCCUUGCCAUGCGUAGAGUCGAAGGAGAUGUGCUCAGUGGAGUGUGUUUUGUUGGUCUGUGGAAUAGAGAUUCUCUACGUGCAUUUGUCUUAGUGCCACUUGGAGUGUAUUUGGUGCUUGGAACUCUUUUCCUUCUUGCUGGCUUUGUGUCAUUAUGCCAUAUCAGAACCAUCAUGAAGCACGAUGGAACUCGUACCGACAAGCUUGAAAAACUCAUGAUUCGCAUUGGAGUGUUUUCAGUGCUCUACACAGUUCCAGCAGUGGUUGUUCUUGCCUGCUAUGUAUACGAGACGUACUACUUUAACUUCUGGAUGGUGUCUUGGCAAAGAGAGAAAUGCAAUCGUCCAUUAUAUAGCAUACCCUGUCCAGAUGUUGAAAGAGACUACAAUUUCUGGCCUAAACCAGAUUUUGCAGUAUUUAUGAUAAAGUACCUCAUGACUCUGAUGGUAGGAAUCACUUCCGGUUUUUGGAUUUGGUCGGGGAAGACUUUCACAUCAUGGAAAAAUGUUUAUCUUAGAUUAUGUCGAAGGAUAUACCGUAAUGAAGCUCAAGUGUGAUAAAAUUUUGUGCCAUAUAUUUAUACUGUCAUUGAUAUCUCAAAAUGAUUACUUUGUGAACUUAAGUUAAUUUACUAAUUGAAAGUUAUGUUGAAUGACAUGGUAGUCAGCAUAAUUUAUUUACUAAUGCUGUGAAAUGUGUUAGCAGUAUGUUAGCCUGUGACUACCAUUUUUCAACCUUAAAUUUAGCUGAAACUUGUUUAAAUGAAUAAUUAUUUUAGAUUAUUAUGCAUACGUGAAAAUCUAUAUUUCAUCAUCAUCAUCAUUUGUAUAUUUUUAAAUUAUAUCAAAUAAGAUUGUGUGCAAUCAAACACACACAGUACAAGUUUUUAUUUUCCUAGUAGAGCAUCAGAAUCAUUUUAUCAGUUAAUGAAAUUGGAAAUGCAUUCAUCAGAUGGAAAGGUUCACAACAGGAGACUCUUUCGAAAAGCCUGUAAAAGGUAAUUGCAGCAUAUCAAAUUUAAGAUAAUAUGUAUUUAAAUAUUUGUAAAUUAUUGCAUGCAAUUCUAGUUCAUUUCUAUAGCUGACCAUGAUAAAAAUUAUUUUAAUUAAGCAGUAAUAUUUUAAAAUGAGGUUUAAUUACUAUGAUCUAAGUUUUAUUUAUUUGUUUUAUGUGUUUGUGUAUGAAUGAAUUUUAAUCUGACGUAAAUGCAUAAAUUUAUAUUCUUAAAUACUUUACAUGAAAUGUGUAUAAAAACCAAAAUUCUUUUUAAAUUAAUUGUAGGUUAUUUAAUUAAAUAAUUCAAAAUAAUGUUUAAAUGCACAUAUUCUUAAGUAAACCACUCAGAAUUAGUAUUGUACCCCAAUUUGGAAUUGUUCUUUAGAACUCUGUUGUUGUUAUAUUUUAGAAAAUGCGUGAAUAUAUGCAAUAUCAUUCUAAAGGAGUCUUACCGAUGACAAUUUCAAAUUAAGAAAGAAAUUUUAUUACUUAAAAUUUGGCAGAAUUUGUAUUUGCUUCUUUUAGGAAAAAGGAUCUGAGGCAGCCUUCCUCAAAAUGUAUAAAAACAGUAUCAGCCCAAAGCUUCUUUUGGUCUACUUUUAAGUUUAAAAUAAGCUAGCUUCUCUUCUAUAUAUUAGUUUCUGUUUUAUCAGAAGCUUCGUCUUUUCAUUUAAGAAAAUUAAAAUUAUGAUUCACAGUUAUUAGAUAUAUUUGGUGUUGUGAUAACCUAUAUUUUGUUUUAAGUUCAAGAAAAGUAAAGCCUCUUGGUCAAAUAUUUAUUUACUAGUAAAAACUCAUUUUCUUUAAAUUGUUUUGCGAACUUUUAUGUAGAUGAUUAUAACCAAAAAUAUGAUUUAUUUUUAAGGCUGUCUGUAUUGAAAAUUAUUAUUUAGCGUGCAAGGAUAGUUCAAGGUUAGAUAAAAUUAGUUUGUAAUUAUGUAUAUUGUAAAUAUUGUUGAUUUAAAAAUAACAUGAAUAUACAGAAUAUUAUUGUUUCUUAAUGAGGAGGAACCUGUAUCAGUCUUCCUAAAAUUGCAGUUUUUGUCUAAAACCAAAAUCAGUCAAAUGUUAAAUUUUACAUACAUUUAAACACGUGUAAUUAAACUUCAAUUAAGUCAUUGAAAUGAGCUGAAAAAAUUUUAAGUUAAUAUCAAAGACAGUUAUUUUUAUUAAUUACAUGCUCUAUAUUUGGAUUUACUGAAAUUCAAGUAAUAAGAAAAUUUUUAGUGGAUAUUUACUGGCAGUUUAAUCUUAAUAAGAUAUGAAUACAUUUUCUGAUUUAUUGAUUGUUGUCAUCAUCUUAAAAAAAAAUAAGAUCUUAUCAUCCAUUUCUUCUUUUGGUCAAAGAUUAGACCAAAAAUUAUCUUUCAUCCGUGAUUGUUAGUGAGAUAUAUGGAGGUGAAUUUUUCUCCUACAGAACUCUGUUAUUUGAAAAACUGUUAGAUUGUUAAUAUAGUAUUUGUUCAUAAACACUGUAAAUCUCUGAUAUAUGUAUGUGUCAGUCUUGGGUGAUGCUGUUUGAAAUAAGGAUAAAACAAAUACUGUAAGAGAGUAAUUGUUAUGAAGAAAUUAUUUCUGACCAUAAUAUAUUCAUGUGUGCUUUAAAUUCCUUAUGUGAAUUCUUUGUGUGCCUUUUGCUUUUAUGACAGAAAUCAUUAACAAACUAAACAGUAUCCUCAGCUUAUUACUGUUGUUAUAUUUACUUUUGUUAUCUGAGAAGUGUUGGUAGAAAUAAUUGAAUAGGCAUUAAAAUGAUCUCAUCUUGAAUGCAGUACAGAAUUUAGUUGCUUUUAUAAAUUCAAAAUGUAAGUAAAAGUUUUGUUUUUAAAUACCUUUGCGUAAUUACUAAAAGUAAAGAGAAUUUCCUGUCUUUUCAGUUAUUUUCUAAUUUUGGAAAAAGAGUGAACAAGAAAAAAAUUUUUUGUUUUUAAAUUUGAACUUACCCAUCAUUUGGGGGACAAAAAGAGGGGAGAGUACAGAAUCACCCACUGAUUCACGCAUUUCUCAAAAUCGCCAACUUGAAAAUAACAAGUCAAAGAAUUGCACAAACUCUGUAUCCAUGUACACAUCGACUUAUUUUCACUUCAUCGAAAAAAAAAUAUCAGAUAAUUGCACAAACUUGGCAUUGCGUGCUCUCUUGACUUUGCCCGUGUACACAUCGAUACAUGCCAUAUAAGUGGCCGAUUCUGCACUUUACCCUAAAAAGAUUCAAGAUUAAUUAAAUUUGAUUUUCUGAGCACUGAAAAAAUGAACAGAUUUUUGAAAUUUUGUUAUCUACUUCCUGGAAUGUCAGUCAUAUUGAAUAGUAUGAAUUUAUCAUUAUUAGACUAGAAGAGAAACACGCUAAUGUGACAAUCAAAACCGUGAAAACACCCUU